AACACUAGCCAACAUGGCGGAGCAGGGGAUGGAGAGACUCAAACGGUCCCCUAAAAGAGUUUUUAUCAACAACGUAGACUCAUACACUUCUGAAUGGAUCGCCAAGUUCUUGUCGGAGUGUUUGGUGGGAGCAGCUUUCUGUGUUGUUGGAACUGUUUCUGACUCACCUGAGGAGGACAGACCUUACCUGCACGAAGAGUAUUCAAUAAAGAACAUGAACAGAGACAUCCUGCUCUCCAAACUGAUGGACUGUGACGUAGUAAUCUACAACAUUACCCAGCAUGCCGAGCAGCUGGAGGAGGCUCUCUGGGCUGUUUCAGCUCUUCAUGAUAAAAUGAACCAUUUCUCUGGACCAAAGAUGUUCAUCCUCGUCUCCACGGUGAUGACCUGGGCCUGCAGCAAACCCAUCGACCCUGACGAUCCGGAGCUUCCGUUCACAGAUGAGAUUUUCUGGAGAAGACGAGCUCACCCGAACUUUAAACAUCACAUCGACCUGGAGAAGAGGGUUGUCAAGAUGGGGAAAACUAACAGGAAGUUGUUCUCGACGUACGUGGUGGCGUCUGGACUUCAGUACGGGAUGGGGGAGCAGAUCUUUCACUUCUUCUUCAAGAUGUCCUGGCUCGGGCAGGAACAAAGAGUUCCUGUGUUUGGAGACGGCAAAAACAUUGUUCCCACGGUUCACAUUAAAGACCUGGCAAGUGUGGUUCAUAAUGUGAUCGAACAUCAGCCCAAACCGUAUUACCUGCUGGCUGUGGAUCAGUCGCACAACACCAUGGAGGAGAUAGUCAAGACAGUUUCCACUGCUCUGGGACCGGGAAAGAUCGAGAAGAAGAUGUUCAUAGAAGCUUUCCUUACAAAGGACCUGAGUGUGAUGGAGAUGGACUCCCUGCAGGUGAACCUUCGUUUGGAGGCAGUCCACAUUAAGGAGCUGUUCUCUAUGGAGUGGAGCUGUGAGUCUGGACUGGUGGAGAACAUGGAGCAGGUGGUGGAGGAGUUCAGGCAGACCAGAGGAAUGCUGCCCCUGCGUGUGUGUGUUGUGGGUCCUCCUGCUGUGGGGAAGAGCUCAGUGUGUAAACAGAUCUGUGAACAUUACAGACUCCAUCACAUCACUCUGAAGGAGACCAUCACUGAAACCAUCGCACAACUGGAGUUUGUUGGAAACAACUCUGAUCCAGAAGCAGAGAACGAUGAAUUGGCAGCAGAUCUGCUGUUCAGUCUGAAGGAGAGCAUGGAGCAGAACGGAGGUCUGUUGGAGGAUCAUCUGCUGGUGAAGGUGCUGAAACAUAAACUGAUGUCAAACCCGUGUAAAAACCAGGGCUUCAUCCUGGACGGGUUUCCAAAAACAUACGAACAAGCCAAAGAGCUCUUCUCCGAUGAAGAAGAGUCUGAAGGUGACACAUCCAUGACUUCUGGACACAACAGGAGGAUUACACCAGAGUUUGUGUUGGUCCUAGACGCCUCGGACUCGUUCCUGCGGGAUCGUGUGAUGAAUCUGCCCGAGCGGGUCGUUCAGGAACAAAACUACGAGCAGGAUCACUUCCUGCAGAAACUGAUCAGAUACAGAGAGGCAAACAUGGAGGAAGAGACAGUCGUCAACUUCUUUGAUGAGCUGGACGUCUCCCUCCUCUACCUCGAGGUCACCAGCAGCAGUGAACCCAACUGUCUGCAGCUGAUUCAGAAGAUUUUCGACACGUUGGGUCCUCCCAGGAACUACGGCCGCAGCAUCGAGGAGGUGAAGAAGGAGGAGAGGAGGAAGGUGGAGGAGAGGAUGAGGAGGGAGGAGCAGGAGAGAGCUAAGGAGGAGAGGAAUGAGGAAGAGGAGGCCAGACACAGAGCUGCACGCUGGGACGAGUGGACUAAACAUCUGGAGGAGGUGAGGCAGCAGGAGGAGGAGCUUCUGGAGGUUCAGUCGGCCUCGAUGAGGAGCUACCUGAUGGAGCAGGUGAUGCCCAUACUGAGCCGCGGUCUGAUGGAAUGCUGCACCGCCCGACCACACGACCCCGUUGACUUCCUGGCGGAGUUUCUACUGAAAAACAACCCGUCCAACUACUGAUGGAAGAGGUCAGUCUGUGUGGAGAAACCAAACCAUUCUCUAGUUAAUUAGAGACGGUUACACAUGUAGUGUUUCUGUUAAA